GUAGGUAGUACAUUAUGAUCGAUAAGUUCUAAUAUCAAAGGUAUCAAGGGGGAUUUCAAUUCAGGGCCAUCGCAGCACCAAGGAAUCCAACAGGCCAUGUCAUGAUGAAGCUCGGAGGAAAAUUUGUCGUUCAGAUACUGAGCAAAGAGCAACAAGUGUCUGUGGGUGAUGGUGUCCAAGUCGAUGUGUCCCUUCAGAAUGAGGGAGUCUUGAUAAACGACCAUCAAGGAGAUGUGCUGUAUCAAUCCAAUUCGUCUGACCGGGCAUGGAUGGCAGGGGAUGGCAUGCUCUUCAUCAGCUUGGAAAGAGACUCGAUAUCUGUGCUUGUCCUCAGAUCUAUAGAUCCUGAGGCCGAAGCUGCCCUGGGAGAAGUUCUGCUCCAGCUGCAGGGCAAGUUUGAUCGAAGGACUGAGGAAGCUAGUGCUGACCUGUAUUUCCAUUACUAUUCCCUGCUGCCACACCAGCAGAACAUGCUCCAGGACAUGAUUCGCACAGGAACAUACUACGCGUCAAUUAUGGGCAAUGCAGUGGACUUCCGGGACAAGGUGGUCAUGGACGUGGGUGCAGGAAGUGGCAUUCUGUCCUUAUUUGCUGCACAGGCUGGAGCGAGAAAAGUGUAUGCAGUGGAGGCCUCCAACAUGGCUGCUUCUGCAAACAUCCUCAAAAAUGCCAAUCCUGCUCUGGGUGCGAGAAUCGAGGUCAUACAGUCCAAGAUCGAGGACCUGAACCUGGAAGCAAACUCCGUGGAUGUCCUCAUAUCAGAGCCAAUGGGUACCUUGCUGGUCAACGAGCGAAUGCUGGAGACCUAUUUGCAUGCCAGAGACCGAUUCCUGAAGCCAGGCGGUCGGAUGUUUCCGCAAACAGGACGGAUACAUGUCGCAGCGUUCACCGAUGACCUGCUUUACACUGAGAUGGUGAACAAGGCGACUUUCUGGCAGCAGAAUAGUUUCUUUGGGGUGGACUUGUCUUCUCUCUUUCAGCCUGCUCUGGAUGGCUACUUCUCCCAGGCAAGACCACCUGAUGGUCAUCAGGUGGUGGUGGACGCCAUAGAUCCACGAUGCCUGAUUUCAGCACCCAUGAGUCACGCAGUGGAUUUUGGAAGCGCUCUAGAAAACGACCUGCAUGACAUCGUCAUACCUCUGCACUUCCCAAUGGCUGUGCCUGGGAAUGUGCAUGGCGUUGCAUGCUGGUUCGACGUGCUCUUUGAUGGAAGCUCCUCACAGCGUUGGCUGUCGACUGCGCCUGGCGUGCCAACCACUCACUGGUUCCAGCUGCGCUGCGUGCUGAGUCAGCCGCUGACAGUGUACCCCGGAGCAGAGCUGCAUGGCGAGCUGCGCCUCAUUGCCCACAAGCGCCAGAGCUAUGACAUCCACCUCAGACUCAGCGUUCCCUCCCUGGCCCCUGGGAGAGUCGGCUCUGAUGCCUGGCCAUGUCUGCGACAGGUGACAGGCAAAUUUGAUCUGAAGGAGCCUUACUACCGGCAGCUCACAAUGCCCUACUGGGGGAAUCAGGCAGCAGGCAGCAGUGUUCCAUCAGAGUCUCCAGCCUUGUGAGCCGCACCAGCAAUGCAGCUAUAGGCCCCACCACACCAAUCAAACCUCCAACGAGUGCAAGGGUCUCCCGAAUCUAUCCAUUUGCCAUGCACCACAGCUUAUUGGUGCUUCAGACCGUUUGCCUUCUUGUUGCUGCAGCAAAUGCAUUGUGUAGCGCCGCCUUUGGUACCGGUAGCGUUCGUUGCUUGGUAGCAUGUGUUGUGUCGAGUUAGAUUAUUAGGCUGCAGUCCGGUUAUUUCACAUUUUGCUGGGCCGCGCUUCUUUAUUAUUUGUACCAUGAUGAUAAAAGCGCCACUAUGGAACAUGAAGAAGAACUCAAUUGCAAGUAGAGGCAUCCCAGGUAUCCCAUGAUGAUGAUCAUGAUGGAUGCGAGAAGAUGUUUUGAAAGAGGUCCGGGCCUGUAAUUCUACUUGAAGAGGCGCUGGCCUUCAUUCUUAAGGACAGUCUCUGGCAGUGACGGGGGGUGCGGGAACGACCGCCAGAUUGAGUGCAUUGCGACUGCGCGCAUUGUGCAGCCUUACUGUAUCCGAUUGAGCCAUGGCUGGCCAGUGAAAAAGGCUGGCCAGUGCCUAGGCAGCUACAGCCGCAGAUCUGAGACUAGAGACUCUAGAGACUAGCUAAAGCUACAGCGGAUCCACUGGCGAGUCUAUAUAUCGACUGACCGCACAUGCAACUUCAAGACUCAAUGUAAUUCAUACAUCUUUCAAG